AUGGAGCCUGAUUUACAUGGCGUGAUCAMAUUGGCAGCGAAUGCUUUUGAAGAGAGGACUCUUGCCAUGUUUGAGGGGUAUGCAYUGAGUUUAAAAGACCAUUUCGAUGAAAGACUAUAUGAGCUACGGAAAGAGCUUUUUGAGAAGGAAAUUCAAGGUUUAAGGAAGACUUAUAAUAGUCCAACUAUGGAUGAGGAGAGAACAAAAGWGCACACGUUCCAUUCAAAAGAUGGAAAGACAAAGGCAACCCUUUUCGGAGGAAAGGCAGAUCCUAUGGCCAUAACAAAUGAAGUAUCAAAUGAAAACCAUCAACAUUUUACAGAUUUAAUUUACGGACCAACCAAAAUGCAGGACCCUAGGCAGAGUUAUGGGGGGAGUUGUGCUUUCUUCCAGACGCGUGAUAACCCCGAGAAGGAAAUGGCAGCCGCAGUUGAAGGGAAUGAAGCCAAUUUUGAUGUCAGCGGGCGAGUAAAGGACAAAGUAAGUUCAGAGCAUAACAAUAGAUAUUUCUAA